AUGUUCGUGAUGAAGGGAUUCGUAUAUUUACUUUUUAUCGUCUCAAAUUUAUGCGAGCAAUAUGUAACAGCAGAACAUGAGGAAGACACGUCUACCGAUUUAUACGUGAUCGAGGGGAAAGUGUUCCCUUGGGAUAAUGCGGCAUCCACCGGAUGGCAACUCAUGACACACGUAAUGGCCAAUGGUGGUGAACAUUAUGGGUUUUUAAGAGAGGAUGGCACGUUUAUAAUUACGAAUGUACCAUCCGGGUCCUACAUGGUCGAAGUGGUAAAUCCGAAUUAUGUUUACGAGCCAGUCAGGGUGGAAAUUAAUUCCAAAGGAAAAUUCCGAGCGCGGAAAGUAAAUUUGAUACAAACGUCACAAGUUAUUCAAGUACCUUAUCCAUUAAAAAUGAGGCCUUUAGCACCAUUUCGGUAUUUCCAAGUUAGGGAACAAUGGCGGAUGACUGACUUCUUAUUCAAUCCUAUGGUUUUAAUGAUGGUUUUACCAUUGCUAGUAAUUAUGGUUUUACCAAAAAUAAUGAAUGAUCCUGAAACCAGAAAGGAAAUGGAGCAAUUAAAUAAUCUCACCAUUUAUAAUAUGCCAGAAAUGUCCGAGGUAAUAACAUCUUUUCUUUCGGGAGGAGAAAAACAAAAGUCGAAAGCUGUGAAAGCUACAAAGAAAAGACAAUAAUCGUAUUGUCUAUAGAUAAUUGUGUGUGCGUGUAUGUUUAGUCUUUAAAAAACCCCUUAUAAAAGAUAUAUUGAUGUUUUAUAUAAGGCACUUUUUGGGAAACGGGUUAUAACAGUUUGAAUCGAGCCUUGUAGAUUUGCAGCAAUUAAUAUGCUCUACAUCUUUAAAUUACAGAUCUAUUAGUAGUUAUGUAAAAAAUACUUGUAUUAGUUUGGUUGUAUUUUAAUAAUUAUAUGCAGUGAGAUAAUUUUACGUUUCCUAAUAUUCACAAUUUAUAAUUAUGUAAAUAGAGUAAACUUAGUAAAUAUUAUAGCGAUUAGCGAUUA